AUGACUGGUAGUCCUUCUAAUCUCCAAAAUCAACAGCCAUAUCAGGGGCCUUCUAAAGAUGGUCUUUACCCACUUUUCUUCUCAUCUCACUCAUCCACCGCCCCCCGUGCCCUUACCACCUUGCACUCUCCUACUUGGCAUCGUCGUAUUGGUCAUCCAUCCCAUCUUGUGCUCUCUCACUUAGCGCCAUCUCUAGGCUUUAAAGUCUCUCAUGCUUUCUUCAACUAG